CUUUUCUGAAGUCUGGCCUAACUAGCAGCAUGUAAAUAAAUUAUUGUGUUGGUUUUUUUUGUUGUUUUUUUUUGUAAAUCGUAAGAUCAAAAUUUGACAAUCUUAAAAUGUUAAGUUAGGAUGAAACCUCAUGUCCCUCCGUCUAUUAGCCAGGCCUAGCAGUAACAAAAAUGUCAUCAUCUAUUCCGUCCUUUGUCUGUUGACUUGGUGUCACGUAAGUGUCAAAGAGUAAGAUUAAGAUCGACACUCAGUCACUCAGUGACACUGUUUUGAAAUUAUUGGCGGCAUAUCUGCUGAGGCAUUUGUCAUUAAUUUGGGCAUACGGGCUGCAUAGCUUAUUAAUAACUUAGUCUAUCAUAAAUCUACUAAUUAGUCUACAGUAGUAAUUAUAAUAAUUGAAAGACUGUAUUCAACUCAGUCUCAGUCAAUCAAUUUAAGCUAUCUGUAUCUGAUAGUGAUAGGCUAUGUGACUAUGAUGUGAAUGAAAUAGUUUUAUUUUCAUUUGUUCUGUUCACUGUAGAAGGCUCUAAGCCGAAACAUUCACAUCUUAUUGUCCUGUAUUUUAAUUGAAGCUUCAACAUACCUUCUUAUAUUAUUAGUAAUUAGCACUUAAUUAUAUUUAUAUAGCUCUAUUAAGUAAUAAGGGAGAGAGACUGUGAUCAGUUGAAUCAGGUCAAAGUAUGGGAAAACCUGAAAAGCGAGGGUUUCAGGAACUGGAGGUUGGAAGGCAUGAGGCAGUAGAUGCAAAUGUAUCAAGUGUUAUCACCUCAACUAUUCAUUUUGAAAACUUAUUCCAGUAUUAGUGUUAUGUUUUUAUUGUUUUUUGUUCACUGAAGAAAGCUUGAUUUGUUGCUUUCCCUUUUUCAGUUUUUCCUAUACUUUAUUUCACUCAUUUGAUAGUAGGGGUCUAGGAGCUAUCUUCUUGUAGUUCAUUAUUCACUGAUUGAAAAAAAAGGAAACUUUGUCUUGUAAGUCAAGACAAGUCAAGUUUGUUUGAACACUGCUACUCACUGACACUUAGUAGUACAACAGUCAAUAUUUUUUCUACUUGUACAUGGAUUGUGAAUAAAUUUUUAUAAUUACAAUGAAGCCUGAAAAUAGCUAACCUUGAAAUAGUAAAAGCAUUGUCCCUGGCAAAUUUGCUAACUCACCCACUGCCCCGAUUGGUUGGCAAAAACAAAAACCUGUUAAAAUAGCUCAAAUCCUGUCAAAUGCAAAAUGGGCAAGGACUUGUGUGGGAUAAAAAAAAAAAUAGCCAAUAAACAUACUGAUAUCGAAUAACAUUGUGAAUAGGGAGGGAUGCAGACCUUUUUCUUUGCCAAUCAGUCUGCUACAAUAUAGACUGUUGUGUUUCUAAAAUCUUUAUGCACCACUUUUGCUUCUGUCCCAACGGUUUGCGCUAGUACCAGGUAUCAUUGUAAUAAAUAGUUUCAGUGUGUCUUGGGGAGGGUGGGGAGAAUAUUUCAGAACAGCUGAUAAACUAUGGUGACCAGGCAUACUGGUUUACCCAGGACAGUCCCUAUUUUUGCAUCACCCAUCCAAGCAUCCCUGCAAGUUCAGGAAAUGUCCUGUCCGUUCCGACAAACUGCAUAUACAGGGAUAAAUGCUCCCACUGUAAGAGUCUUUUCUCUGAUUAAAACAACAUGUGGACACCAGAUAAAUCACAACUGAAAGUCGAUACAUUGAAAUAUAUGCUGUUUGUCAAAUACAAUGUGACAAGUUAUAUUUAUGAUAUGUUAUUUAAAAAAUCCUGAAGUCUAAAGAGCUAUCCACUCAUCUCAGAUAUAUUAGUGUGUCAUGAUUAAAAGAUUAAUAAUUAAAAUUCACUUGCUGAUGAUUUGUAUUUCUGAUAUACGUUGGUUGUGUCAAUUUCUUUAUAUUUUUUUAACAACAUAACAAUUGUUAUUAGUUAGUUACUCAAUGACAAUUUUUUUUUCUUCCUUUUAUGACCAUGUUAAGUGACAUGUUCAAUCUCAGACUCAGGAAGCAUUAAUAAAUUCCUCUCAGAAGAUUUCUGGUAUUGUUCACAAAUAUUUCAACAAUGAUACCUAAUUAACACAACGUAAGGUUUCGCUAUGUCCAUAAUAUACAGGUUACCCCCAGAAAAAUCUGGAAACCAUAGAUAAUCUAACAUUAAUAAUUAAGGUUCUAAAUAAUAUAGGCCCUACAGUGCAUAGUAUGGUAUGCACAGUAAGGUAUUUUAAAGGCCAAAAUACCACAAGAUCAGAAAACAAACUUCUUAAAUGACAAAUUAAUGACGAAAAAAAUAAUUUAUUUUCAUCAUUUUAAGAGAUUAACAAACAAUAUCUAAUACUGAAUCAUAGUCAUAUUAAGGUUUAUGAUGUUGUAACUGUAAAUAUAAUACCAGGUAGUAAUAAAAUGUGAUUGUUAAAAGAAAGCUGUUUCUUUUUUUUUAUUUCUUCUCUUUCUAGAAACAAGAUAGUAAGUUUAAGAAUGAAGAAAUCAAGAGCUAGUAAAGUCAUGAUAAGUGACUGGCAAGACAGUAGUGAAGAAAUACCAGCUAGUUUGUCUGGCAACAAGAGGGAGUCUCCAAGAUUAUUAAAUAAAAAAAAGUCUGGGAGAACAGUGAAAGAAAAACCUCACUUGGGCAAAUCAAGUAAUUUGACGGUAGCAGAUGAACAUCAACUUAAUGUUAUAGACUUCAACUGUAGUACUGAUGCCUCCAUUGAUAAUCAACCUCCUUCAAACAGUGAUCUCUUAGAACCAAAAAAAACUGCAAGACGGGGCUUGACCAAAAAAAAUUCAUAUGUAGAAUUGACUCAGCCAACUCAAGUGCAUAACGUAUCCGUUUAUUCACAAUGUGUUCCAGAGACAUUUAAGCAUUUAAUGGAGAAUGUUAGUAUUUUAAACAAGAGUAAAUUUGUGUCUGAGGCUAAUCAUGAGGAUAAUAAUCCUAGUAAGUCGUGGUCACUUCACUUUAUCUGCUGUGUUUGUCAGAUUUUACAUACUGUCAGGCUUUUAUUUUGUCUGCUUUUUAAUUGCAAAGACAUCAGACUGUUAACCAGGGUAAUUUUGAACCAACACCCCGCACCUCCUGCACCCCACAGAUCAGUCAGGGGGUGGGGUUAUCAUCACAAGCUUAGAGAAAAUAAACGCAAGUUGCAAAAGGAAAGAAAUAUGAGUAGGUGUUAAGGAUACCUACACAAAAUAGUACUGCCCCAGUUGUCAAAUAAAUUUAAAAAAAAAAAAAAAAAAAAAAAAAACAAAAUUAAAAAUUUUUUUUUUUUUUUUUUAAAAAAAUAAAAAAAAAAAAAAAAAAAGAAUAAACCAAAUUAGGAUUUUUUUUUUUUUUUUUUUUUUUGCAUUAAAGGUUUCUGUUUUCUUCUUCACAGAAUUCAUGAAAACAUAAAACACCAAUCAUGGUGGUAAAUGUUUUUUUAGAUAAAUUUGUUCAACUUAACUAAAGUUUCAAUGAUAAUUUGAUAUUAUUUUGAUCCUUUCAGAAAAAUCAAAUAUUAAUGCUGAAACGAACCAGUCAAUUCAGAUGAACGAUGAUACAGAGGGAAGGUACAAGAAAUUUAACAAUGUUGAACUGUAAAAUAAUUUAGUAGCAUGUCAUGUGUGCUCUCCUUUGUUAAAACAAGGAUAUGAUUGCAUCUCUAUCGACUACUUUCUCUCUAUUAACAGGGCUUUACAAAAAGUAUAGUUAUCCAAUCUCACGUGAAUUUGUAUUUGUAUGUAGCACCAGUCAUAUCGAAACUGAACCAAGUGAAGUUGAAAGUGAUGACCCCAAACCAGGUGACUCCUCUUUGGUCAUUCGUUCACCUACUCCGCCACGCCAAGUCCGUGUCACCAAGAAGAAAAACAGAAAAGUAAACAAAAAAAUAAACGGUGCUCUCAAGUAUGUUUUUCUUUUUAUUAGUUAUAAUUUUAUUAGUAGAUAAAUUUAAUAUUAUUUCAUUUUAUAAUUAUUUUUUUUUUUAACAGUUAACAGUUUUAAAGUUAGAAUUACCUGGUUUGCAAAAAAAUUUAGAAAAAUCAAGUCAAAAGUUAUUUUGCAGUUCUUGUCUGAACAAAUUAAUUUUGGUUUUCAAUAUUACUUCCCCUAUGAUAAAUAUGUAUUAUUUUAUAAUUUUUACACAUGUUAUUUUGAAUCAAUUAUGUGGUCUUUACUUGAUGUAGUCACUGAAUGAUCCACCUAAAUGCUCUCUUUGACCAGAACACUUAAUUCACUAAAGGAUAAACUAAACCACACUACCCCAGCCAAGAGAAAGAGGCGAAGUAAAGAUGAUGAUAUUAUUUUCAUACAUGAAGAAAAACCAGAAAUUUCCGUCAAAGUGCGAUAUCUUUCAACUGUGCACAGAAUUAAGAUGAGGACUGUAAGUAAACACAAUAAUUUUGUGUCAUCAGGAUAAUAGAUUAUAUCCAGCUUAUUUCACUUGUCACUUUAAAAUCCACCCCAUACACUGUAACAUUCUUAUUCAUCAAAUCAGUUUGAUUGAACAUGUACUUGAACUUUGUGCUGACUAUAUUUUCUGCUCAUUUAACUCUUCAGACUGAGCCACUCCACUCUCUGAUUUCUAAACUCAGUCCAACCAUUGGUGAAGAUGAAAAUGUUCUAGCCUUGUACCUUCGUGAUGAGUGCCUCAAGCUUAGUGAGACGCCAUUGUCCCUCAGUCUGUCAGUAGCAGAUAUCAUUGGUUAGUCUACAAUGUCCCAGCUGUUUUUUCUUGUUAAAGGCAUGAUAAAUAUCUUAUAGUGCUUAAGCCCAGAUGGGCAAUCUUUUAUGGGUGUGACCCCAUUUGGUGAAUAGUUUUUAAACACAGGAGACCCCCAAAAAGGAUUACUAGCCUAAUGUACAUUACCUUGAACGUAUAAAGUAGUUUUAUUAUAAAUAUAUAACUAAUAAAUGCCAUCUCAGGAUUUCAUAGUUCAGCUAUAAAUAUAUAUCUAUUAAGUCUCAUGAAAGCAUUUCAUGGUUACAAUAUUGUCAACAGAGUGCCAUUGUUUAAAGACUGAGGAAGGUGACAGCUCUGAGGCAAUCCAGCUGGUGAUUCAGUGUCACAGCAAUAAAACUAAAACAGUCAUCACGGCCAGCAAGGUCAGUUAUUUACUACAAUUACCAAUAGAAAUAAAGGCUAGCAUGAUCAGCCAUUUAGUACCAUUAAAAAUAAAAAUACAGACCAGCAAGGUCAGUCACUUAGUAUCAUUACCAAAGGAAAUACAUUAAAUUAUUACCAGAUUUUGUUUUUUUGUAUUUGUAAAUCUUUUUUUUUAAAAGUUUCCAUUGAUUAAAUCAGUGUAAAUAAUGUUAGAGUGUUAUAAAAUUUUGAUAUUCCAUUGGAUUGAUUCUUUAGUUAUAAUUAAUCUUUUUUUGGACCAGGGGUUUCAAAUAUUACAUUUUUAGUUUGAAUCCCACACACACAAAAAUUGUUCCCAUUUUGAUAUUCUGAGACAGCCUGCGAAAUAUGAACAAAAUGUGUUUUGUUUUCUAAUGAGUGACAGCCUCCAAGAAAAUUGUUAUAUGGAAUUAUAUAAAGUAUAUUAUUAUAUUAUAGGUGCCAUUUUAGUUCAAUAUACCCUAUUAGAAUAUUGUAGCUUACUCACCUCUUUUUUAUGCCAACAAAAAACAGCUGGUGUUUACUAAAUUUCUAUAAUCACUUCAAUAAUGUCAUCCAUCCAUCCCUUUGGUGCCCAUGUAGGGCUUUGUCCUGCUUCAACACUUCCUUCCAUUCAGACCUAACUAAUGCUUUUCUUUUCCAUGCUUGGGUUCCCAGUUUAAUGCAGAUCUUUUUUUCACAUCAUCUAUCCAUCUAAGCCUAGGUCUGCCUUUCAACCGUUUUCCUCUGGGGUUUGCGUGGUACAUCCUCUUCACUCCACUGUCAUUUGGCAUUCUCAGACCUGUUUACUCUUACGAUUUUGGCGUACAAUGUACGAUUUUGAGUUGUAAACAUUAUAUAUACUGUAUGUUUAUUUUUUAAUAUAAAUCUAAGGUAUUGAACGAUUUUGUGAUGAUAUUGUACGAUUUUAAGAGUUUGAGGGUAAACAGGUCUGCAUUCUUUUUAAGUGUCCCGCCAAGCGUAGCCUACCCUUUCUUAUUUCUGAAACUAGCAUGGGAUCCUGAUAUAGUCUAUGCAAUUCUUGGUUGGUCGUAUUCUCCAUCCAUAUUCAUCCUUUGUUGGUCCAUAUAUUUUUUUCUUUUCUCCCCAAUGCGUUUAAUAGGUUUUCUAUCGUUUUUGUUAGCGUCCACAUUUCACUUGUGUGUUACAACUGGUCUGAUUACAGUUUUACAAAAAGUUUUCUUUCCUUUUCUUGUAAUGUUUUUACUUUUGAGCAUUUUCUGACUAAUGAAGUAUGCCCCGUUCCCGGGUGAUAUUCUAUCUUUUAUUUCUGUUAAUAAUUCUUUUUUUUUUCUUUUAGUAUUUAGUAAAGAUCUGAGGUAUUGAUUUAAUUUUACUUGAUGUCAACAUUAUUGUUUUUUGUGUGUAUUUUACAGCGAGGUCUUUUAAGAGAUGUAAUGAACAAAUAUGCAGCUAUGAAAAACUUGGAUCCUUCCACAUUGGUAUUUUCUUUUGAUGGUGAAGACAUCGAUCCUACAGACACUCCCUUGAAGCUUGAAAUGGAAGAUCAUGAUUGCAUAGAUGUGACAGACUGGCUGGCUACAUAAGACUAUUUUGACUUUGGACUUUUGAUUUCAUACUUGAGAACACUGGGCAUUACAUACAUUUUUGCACAAUAGUCUGGUUAGUUAUACUAUAAUGUAAUACAAAAAUACAAAAACAGAUGAUGGAAGACACCUCUUUUUUGAAAAUUCUAUGGAUCUUUUAAAGAAAAAAAAAAGACUGCAAUAGUUUGCUAAUGAGAGUGCACACACAAAAUAAUUUUCUCCGUCUUUUAGAAAGGUAUCUUUUCCUCUAAGAACUUUAAAAAAAAAAAAAAGACUUAAAUAUAGCCAUUAGUACUAGGCAUUCUUUUAGUACCGGUGUAUUUCCUAAACUAUUUCUAACAAAUGAAAAAGUUUUAAUCCAUAAAAUUAAGUCUUUAUGCUGAACAAGUUGUAAUACUUUACAUAUUUGAAAAAAUCAUAGGUUUGAUCAAUUUAGCAGAAAUAAGUUUGGUCUUGAUUAUUUUGCAACAUUGAAAGAUGUAUUUCUGCAGCAUAUUAUUUUGGAUGACUCUUGUUUCAGUUGCUUUGCAUUUAAUUAUUUAGUGUUUAAAUGUUUAAUUUCACUAUUGCUUUUUUCAAAGAGCAUUCUCUAUUAGUGUUUAAUUUCAGUAUUGCUUUUGUGAAAGAGUUUUCAUUCUCUAUUUGUGUGUAAUUUUACUAUUGCUUUAGUCAAAUAUCAUAUUCUAACAAAACUGUUAUACAAAUGCUGGUAGUCUCAUUUUCAUACUUUGUUAAUGUGUGUUAUUUUUGUAAUGCUGGACACAAAUAAAUCAGGACAAUGCAUCGGUCUUUAAA